GCCAACUGCCUCCCAGACCCCCCAGUCGUGUGCAUUUUUUUUUUUUUAAACAAAAUGCUUAAUCUCUUUUAUUCUUUCCAAAGAGGACCUGGAAUUGCUGCUUGACAGGGUCAACGAUCUGAUGGAGUUCCGCAUUGAUGCCGUUCUGGAAGAAAUGAGCAGCACGGCGCUUUGCCAGCUCCCCCAGGAGGAGCCACUUACCUGUGCAGAGUUCCUCCAAAUGACAAAGGACCUUUGUGUAAAGGGUGCUCAGAUACUAAAUUUUAAAAGCUCAUUAGUGGAGGAAGCAGUGAAUGAGCUAAUAAAUAUGUUGCUGGAUGUAGAAGUUCUAUCCAAAGAAGAAAGUGAUGUAGUGUCUAAUAUGAAUGGUGCUGACUCAAAAAACGAAAGUUCAGUAGCAAAGAGAGAAGAAGGAAAGUCAGACACCUCAACACCAUCCCGCAAGGCCCCGGCAGGCCUCCUGCCUUUGGCGACAAUCCUGAGAAAGAAGAAGGAGACUGAGAUGUUAGAGGAGGAAGCCUGUGGGCUGCUUUCCCAUUUCAACCACCAGAACAUGGAUGCGCUUCUGAAAGUUACAAGGAACACACUAGAGGCCAUCCGCAGGCGUAUUCAUUCCUCCAACACGACAAACUUCCGGGACAGUAAGAGUGCAUCUAGGCUGAAGCAGAACAGCCUGCCCAUUUUCCGGGCAGGCAUCACUCUGGCCAUUCCCAACAUUGCCAUGGUCCCUGCCCUGGAGGACAUACAGCAGACACUGAAUAAAGCCGUGGACUGCAUCGUCAGUGUCACCAAGGGGGUUAGACAGUGGAGCAGCGAGCUGCUGUCCAAGAAAAAGAUGCAGGAGAGAAAAAUGGCUGCUUUGCAGAAUAAUGAAGACAGUGAUUCUGAUGUUGAAAUGGGAGAAAACGGACCUCAAGAUACCUUUGAGGUCGCCUCUGUAAACUUACCCAUUCCCGUACAAACCAGGAACUAUUAUAAGAAUGUGUCCGACAACAAAGAGAUUGUGAAAUUAGUCUCCGUGCUGAGCACAAUCAUCAACUCCACCAAAAAGGAAGUUAUUACAUCUAUGGAUUGCUUUAAACGUUACAAUCAUAUUUGGCAAAAAGAGAAAGAAGAAAUGGUUAUGAUGUUUAUUACGAAAAACCCCUUGCUCUCUGAAUUUGAAUCUCAGAUUCUCUAUUUCCAAAAGCUAGAGCAGGAAAUUAAUGCUGAGCCGGAGUGCAUCUGUGUGGGUGCUGUUGCUCUGUACACAGCUGACUUGAAGUUCACUCUGACUACUGAGACAAAGGCCUGGAUGGUUUUCAUCGGCCGUCACUGUAACAAAAAAUACAGGAGUGAGAUGGAAAACAUUUUUACACUUGUUGAAGAAUUCAAUAAGAAACUGAAUCGUCAGAUUAAAGACCUAGAUGAUAUUCGGAUUACUAUGGCGGCACUGAAAGAAAUCAGGGAGCAGCAAAUCUCCAUUGACUUUGAAGUAGGACCUAUUGAGGAAUCCUAUGCCCUGCUUAACAAAUACGGGCUUCUGAUAGCAAAGGAAGAGAUGGACAAAGUUGAUACUCUGCGUUAUUCUUGGGAGAAGCUUCUGGCACGUGCCAGAGAAGUUCAGAAUGAAUUAGUCUCACUGCAGCCUGGUUUCCGGAAGGAGCUUAUCAGCACCGUGGAGGUCUUCCUCCAGGACUGUCACCAGUUCUACCUGGACUAUGAUUUGAAUGGUCCAAUGGCCAGUGGCUUGAAACCCCAGGAAGCCAGUGAUAGGCUUAUCAUGUUUCAGAAUCAAUUUGAUAAUAUCUAUCGGAAAUAUAUCUCCUAUACCGGAGGAGAGGAGCUUUUUGGGCUGCCGGUUACUCAGUAUCCUCAGCUUCUUGAAAUAAAGAAGCAAUUAAAUCUUCUACAGAAAAUAUAUACUCUAUACAACACCGUCAUAGAAACUGUAAAUAGCUAUCAUGAUAUCCUUUGGUCAGAAGUGAAUAUUGAAAAAAUCAACAGCGAGCUUUCAGAGUUCCAGAACAGGUGUCGGAAGCUACCCCGAGCUUUGAAGGACUGGCAGGCUUUCUUGGAUCUGAAGAAGACCAUUGAUGACUUCAGUGAAUGUUGCCCACUCCUGGAGCACAUGGCCAGUAAGGCUAUGAUGGAGAGGCACUGGGAAAGGAUAGCUGCUCUCACUGGGCAUAGUCUGGAUGUGGGGAAUGAAGCCUUUAGAUUGAGAAAUAUCAUGGAGGCACCUCUUCUGAAAUACAAGGAAGAAAUAGAGGACAUCUGCAUCAGUGCAGUGAAAGAGAGGGACAUUGAGCAGAAGCUGAAGCAGGUGAUGAAUGAGUGGGACAGCAAAGCAUUCACCUUUGGCAGCUUUAAAGCCCGUGGAGAGCUCCUCUUACGGGGAGACAGCACCGCAGAAAUCAUCGCCAGCAUGGAGGACAGCUUGAUGCUGCUGGGCUCCCUACUGAGCAACAGGUACAAUAUGCCAUUCAAGGCCCAGAUUCAAAAGUGGGUGCAGUGCCUUUCCAACUCAACAGACAUCAUUGAGAACUGGAUGAUGGUGCAGAACUUGUGGAUUUACCUAGAGGCUGUCUUUGUUGGAGGAGAUAUUGCUAAGCAGCUGCCCAAGGAAGCCAAGCGCUUUUCCAACAUCGAUAAAUCUUGGGUGAAGAUUAUGACUCGGGCCCAUGAAAUGCCAAAUGUCAUUCAGUGUUGUGUUGGGGAUGAGACCAUGGGGCAGCUGUUACCACAUUUGCUGGACCAGUUGGAAAUGUGCCAGAAAUCCCUCACUGGGUACUUGGAGAAAAAACGGCUGUGCUUUCCUCGGUUCUUCUUCGUCUCAGACCCUGCGCUCUUGGAGAUCCUGGGGCAGGCGUCAGACACACACACUAUACAGGCCCAUUUGCUGAACGUGUUCGACAACAUCAAAACCGUCAAGUUCCACGAAAAGAUCUAUGAUCGCAUUCUGUCAAUCUCCUCUCGAGAGGGUGAGACCAUUGAAUUGGAUAAACCUGUGAUGGCAGAGGGUAAUGUGGAAGUUUGGCUUAAUUCUCUCCUGGAGGAGUCUCAGGCCUCCUUGCAUCUUGUGAUUCGCCAGGCAGCUGCAAAUAUUCAAGAAACAGGUUUCCAGCUGAUUGAAUUUCUUUCUUCCUUCCCCGCUCAGGUUGGAUUAUUGGGAAUUCAAAUGAUAUGGACACGGGAUUCAGAAGAAGCCCUCAGAAAUGCCAAGUUUGAUAAAAGAAUCAUGCAGAAAACCAAUCAGUCUUUUCUGGAGCUACUGAACACAUUGAUAGGCAUCACAACAAAGGAUCUGAGUUCCAUGGAACGGGUCAAAUAUGAGACUUUGAUUACUAUUCACGUGCACCAAAGGGAUAUCUUUGAUGGCCUGUGUCACAUGCAUAUCAAGAGCCCUACAGACUUCGAGUGGCUGAAACAGUGCAGAUUUUAUUUUAACGAAGAUUCUGACAAGAUGAUGAUCCACAUCACAGAUGUGGCUUUCAUAUACCAGAAUGAAUUUUUAGGCUGCACUGACAGGCUUGUCAUAACUCCACUCACAGACAGGUGUUACAUCACGUUGGCUCAGGCUCUGGGAAUGAGCAUGGGAGGAGCUCCGGCCGGACCUGCAGGAACCGGGAAAACAGAGACGACGAAAGAUAUGGGACGAUGUCUUGGGAAGUAUGUUGUGGUUUUCAAUUGUUCUGACCAGAUGGACUUCCGAGGCCUUGGACGGAUUUUUAAAGGACUGGCACAGUCUGGAUCCUGGGGUUGUUUUGAUGAAUUUAACCGUAUCGAUUUACCAGUUCUGUCCGUGGCAGCCCAGCAAAUUUCCAUUAUUCUGACAUGUAAAAAGGAGCGGAAAAAGUCUUUUAUUUUUACCGAUGGAGAUAAUGUGACUAUGAACCCUGAAUUUGGACUUUUCCUGACCAUGAAUCCUGGCUAUGCUGGGCGGCAGGAGCUCCCCGAGAACCUGAAGAUUAACUUCCGCUCCGUGGCCAUGAUGGUGCCCGACCGGCAGAUUAUCAUAAGGGUGAAGCUGGCUAGUUGUGGCUUCAUCGACAACGUUGUUCUGGCCCGGAAGUUCUUCACACUCUACAAGCUGUGCGAGGAGCAGCUUUCUAAGCAGGUACAUUAUGAUUUUGGUCUGCGGAACAUUCUGUCAGUUCUGCGAACACUGGGAGCAGCCAAAAGAGCCAACCCCACAGAUACGGAAUCAACGAUCGUCAUGCGCGUUCUACGAGACAUGAAUCUUUCCAAACUGAUUGAUGAGGAUGAACCCUUAUUUUUGAGUUUGAUUGAAGAUCUCUUCCCAAAUAUUCUUCUGGACAAAGCAGGUUACCCUGAACUGGAAAUGGCGAUUAGUAGACAGGUUGAAGAAGCUGGUUUAAUCAACCAUCCUCCUUGGAAACUCAAAGUCAUCCAGCUGUUUGAGACGCAGAGAGUGCGGCAUGGGAUGAUGGCCCUGGGGCCCAGUGGAGCAGGAAAGACCACCUGCAUCCACACCUUGAUGAAAGCCAUGGCCGAUUGUGGAAAGCCACACCGGGAACUGAGGAUGAAUCCCAAAGCGAUUACGGCUCCACAGAUGUUUGGUCGGCUUGACGUGGCCACAAACGACUGGACUGAUGGGAUAUUUUCAACCCUUUGGAGGAAAACACUGAGGGCUAAGAAAGGUGAGCAUAUCUGGAUAGUUCUUGAUGGUCCAGUUGAUGCCAUUUGGAUUGAAAAUCUGAAUUCUGUUUUGGAUGAUAACAAAACUCUAACCCUUGCGAAUGGCGAUCGGAUUCCCAUGGCUCCCAACUGCAAGAUCAUUUUUGAACCCCAUAACAUUGACAAUGCUUCACCUGCUACUGUCUCAAGAAAUGGAAUGGUUUUCAUGAGUUCAUCUAUCCUCGAUUGGAGUCCUAUUCUUGAGGGUUUCCUUAAGAAACGCUCACCUCAAGAAGCUGAAAUUCUUCGUCAGCUCUACAGCAAGUCUUUCUCUGACCUCUAUCGCUUCAGUAUCCAGAACUUAGAAUACAAGAUGGAGAUACUUGAGGCUUUUGUAAUCAUGCAGAGCAUUAACAUGCUUCAAGGGCUGAUCCCUCCAAAGGAGCAAGGUGUGGAGGUGACCCCCGAGCACCUGGGGAGACUGUACGUCUUUUCCCUGAUGUGGAGCAUCGGCGCCCUGCUGGAGCCGGAGGGCCGGCGCCGGGUGGAGCACUGGCUGCGCUCUCAGGAAGGGCUGACCUUGGAUUUGCCACCUCCGCAGGGGACAGAGGACACCAUGUUUGACUAUUAUGUCUCAUCCACUGGUGAAUGGAGGCACUGGAGCACGUGUACUGAGGAGUAUGUGUAUCCGUCUGACGUCACCCCAGAAUAUGGCUCCAUCCUGGUGCCCAAUGUCGACAACGUGAGGACCGACUUUCUAAUUAAAACCAUCGCCAAACAGGGCAAGGCUGUGCUGCUGAUUGGUGAACAAGGAACAGCCAAAACAGUCAUUAUCAAAGGGUUUAUGUCAAAGUAUGAUUCUGAAAGUCACAUGAUCAAGAGUCUGAAUUUUUCUUCUGCAACCACCCCACUGAUGUUUCAGAAGACAAUAGAGAGCUAUGUGGAUAAACGCAUGGGUACAACAUAUGGCCCUCCUGCAGGAAAGAAGAUGACUGUUUUUAUUGAUGAUGUGAAUAUGCCAAUAAUCAAUGAGUGGGGAGAUCAGGUUACUAAUGAGAUAGUACGACAGCUGAUGGAACAGAAUGGAUUUUAUAACCUAGAGAAGCCCGGGGAGUUUACCAGCAUCGUGGACAUCCAGUUUUUGGCAGCCAUGAUCCAUCCUGGGGGUGGACGGAAUGAUAUACCACAAAGACUGAAGAGGCAGUUCUCUAUAUUUAACUGCACGUUGCCUUCUGAUGCUUCCAUGGACAAGAUCUUUGGUGUUAUUGGGAGAGGCUACUACUGUGCUCAGAGGGGUUUCUCAGAAGAAGUGAGAGAUUUAGUGAUGAAAUUGGUUCCCCUGACACGCCGACUGUGGCAGAUGACCAAGAUUAAAAUGCUCCCUACACCAGCAAAAUUCCAUUACAUAUUUAACCUUCGAGAUCUUUCCAGGAUCUGGCAGGGUAUGCUGAACACCACCUCGGAGGUUAUCACGGAACCCGAUGUACUGUUACAGCUGUGGAAGCACGAGUGUAAACGUGUUAUAGCUGAUCGUUUCACAGUGUCCAGAGACGUGACCUGGUUUGACAAGGCGUUAGCCGGUCUGGUGGAGGCGGAGCUUGGUGAAGAGAAAAAACUCUUGGUGGAUUGUGGAACGGAUGCUUAUUUUGUGAAUUUCUUGAGGGACGCACCUGAAGCUACAGGUGAAACGCCGGAGGAGGCCGAUACUGAAAUGCCCAAAAUUUAUGAGCGAAUUGAAUCUUUUGAUCACCUGAAAGAGCGUUUGAAUAUGUUCCUGCAGCUGUAUAAUGAGAGCGUCCGUGGCAUGGGCAUGGAUUUGGUCUUCUUCCAGGAUGCCAUGGUUCACUUAGUCAAGAUCUCGCGCGUCAUUGGCACGCCCCGGGGAAAUGCCCUCCUGGUCGGAGUGGGCGGAUCAGGGAAGCAGAGCCUCACGAGGUUGGCUUCGUUCAUUGCCGGCUAUACUUCCUUCCAGAUCACUCUGACCAGAUCAUACAACACAUCAAAUCUGGUGGAAGACUUGAAGAUUUUGUAUAGAACGGCGGGGCAGCAAGGCAAAGGAAUCACUUUCAUCUUUACAGACAAUGAGAUUAAGGAUGAGUCAUUUUUGGAAUACAUGAACAACGUUUUGUCAUCGGGUGAGGUCUCCAACCUAUUUGCUCGUGAUGAAAUUGAUGAAAUUCAUAGUGAUCUCCUAUCUGUCAUGAAAAAGGAAUACCCCAGGCGCCCACCUACCAACGAGAACCUGCAUGACUACUUCAUGAGUCGGGUCCGGCAGAACCUUCACAUUGUGCUCUGCUUUUCACCUGUGGGGGAGAAAUUUCGAAACCGAGCAUUGAAGUUCCCCGCCCUUAUUUCAGGAUGCACUAUUGACUGGUUCAGCCAGUGGCCGAAGGAUGCCUUAGUUGCUGUGUCCGAACACUUCCUGUCCUCCUAUGACAUUGACUGCGGUUCGGAAACCAAGAAGGAGGUGGUCCAGUGCAUGGGCUCCUUCCAGGAUGGGGUAGCUGAGAAGUGUGUUGACUAUUUCCAGAGAUUCCGACGCUCUACUCACGUGACUCCCAAGUCGUACCUCUCCUUUAUUCAGGGAUAUAAGUGCACAUACAGAGAAAAGCAUGUGGAAGUGCAGACUCUGGCCAAUAGAAUGAAUACUGGAUUGGAAAAGCUAAAAGAAGCCUCAGAGUCUGUUGCAGCCCUGAGCAAAGAACUGGAAGUGAAAGAAAAGGAGCUCCAAGUGGCCAAUGAGAAAGCUGACACGGUCUUAAAAGAAGUGACAAUGAAGGCGCAGGCUGCCGAAAAGGUCAAGGCUGAGGUACAGAAAGUGAAGGACAAGGCCCAGGCAAUUGUGGACGGCAUCUCUAAAGAUAAGGCCAUUGCCGAAGAGAAACUGGAAGCGGCAAAACCAGCUUUAGAAGAAGCAGAAGCAGCCUUGCAGACCAUCAAGCCUUCAGACAUCGCCACUGUCCGCACGCUGGGCCGACCCCCUCACCUCAUCAUGAGGAUCAUGGACUGUGUGCUGCUCCUGUUUCAAAGGAAAGUCAAUGCAGUGAAAAUUGACCUGGAAAAAAGCUGUACAAUUCCGUCUUGGCAGGAAUCUUUAAAACUCAUGACGGCAGGAAACUUCUUACAGAACUUACAGCAAUUCCCCAAAGACACAAUCAAUGAAGAAGUGAUAGAAUUUCUGAAUCCUUACUUUGAAAUGACAGACUACAACAUUGAAACUGCUAAGCGUGUGUGUGGGAACGUAGCUGGUCUCUGUUCCUGGACCAAAGCCAUGGCUUCCUUCUUUUCUAUCAACAGAGAAGUCUUGCCUCUGAAGGCCAACUUGGUGAUACAGGAGAAUCGUUACGUCUUGGCCAUGCAAGAUCUGCAGAAGGCCCAGGCUGAGCUGGAUGACAAGCGUGCAGAGCUCGAUGUGGUGCAGGCUGAGUAUGAACAGGCCAUGACCGAGAAGCAGACCUUGCUUGAGGACGCGGAGCGCUGCAGGCGGAAGAUGCAGACGGCCUCCGCGCUGAUCGGGGGCUUGGCGGGAGAAAAAGAAAGAUGGACAGAACAAAGCAAAGAGUUUGCUGCACAAACAAAAAGACUUGUAGGGGAUGUGUUGUUGGCUACAGCUUUUCUAUCUUAUUCUGGUCCAUUUAACCAAGAGUUUCGCAGUCGGCUGCUCAAUGACUGGCAGAAGGAAAUGAAAGUCCGGGAAAUCCCAUUUGGAGACAACCUAAAUCUCAACGAGAUGUUAAUUGAUGCUCCCACUAUUAGUGAAUGGAACCUCCAAGGUCUGCCAAAUGAUGACCUGUCCAUUCAGAACGGAAUCAUUGUCACAAAGGCAUCUCGCUAUCCUUUGUUAAUUGACCCACAGACUCAAGGGAAGAUCUGGAUUAAAAACAAAGAAAGCCAGUACGAACUCCAGAUCACAUCUCUCAAUCACAAGUAUUUCAGAAACCAUCUGGAGGACAGUCUUUCUCUUGGAAGGCCCUUGCUUAUUGAAGAUGUUGGGGAGGAACUAGAUCCAGCGCUGGAUAAUGUUUUGGAGAGGAACUUCAUUAAGACUGGGUCUACAUUUAAGGUGAAAGUUGGUGAUAAGGAAGUAGACGUGAUGGAUGGUUUCAGACUCUACAUCACCACCAAACUGCCCAACCCAGCCUACACCCCCGAAAUAAGUGCUCGGACCUCUAUCAUUGACUUCACUGUCACCAUGAAAGGUCUGGAAGAUCAGUUACUGGGGAGAGUCAUCCUCACAGAGAAGCAGGAACUGGAGAAAGAGAGAACUCAUCUCGUGGAGGAGGUAACUGCAAACAAAAGAAGGAUGAAAGAGCUAGAAGAUAAUUUGCUUUACCGGCUGACGAGUACCCGGGGGUCCCUGGUGGAAGACGAGAGUCUCAUAGUUGUGCUGAGUAACACAAAAAAGACCGCGGAAGAGGUGACACAGAAGCUGGAAAUUUCGGCCGAGACAGAAAUUCAAAUUAACUCAGCCCGGGAGGAAUACAGACCUGUGGCGACGCGAGGCAGCAUUCUGUAUUUCCUCAUCACUGAGAUGCGCUUGGUCAAUGAAAUGUAUCAGACCUCACUUGGCCAGUUUCUUGGCUUGUUUGACCUUUCCUUAGCCAGGUCUGUCAAAAGCCCAAUUACGAGCAAGAGGAUUGCUAAUAUCAUUGAGCAUAUGACCUAUGAGGUUCAUAAGUAUGCGGCCCGGGGCUUGUAUGAAGAACACAAGUUCCUGUUCACCUUGCUGCUCACCCUGAAGAUCGACAUCCAGAGGAACCGAGUCAAGCAUGAAGAGUUUCUCACCCUCGUUAAAGGAGGUGCCUCCUUGGACCUUAAAGCUUGUCCUCCUAAACCAGCUAAAUGGAUCCUGGACAUGACCUGGCUGAAUCUGGUGGAACUCAGCAAACUCAGACAGUUUUCAGACAUCCUUGAUCAGAUAUCAAGAAAUGAGAAAAUGUGGAAAAUUUGGUUUGAUAAGGAAAACCCUGAGGAGGAGCCCCUUCCAAAUGCCUAUGACAAAUCUCUUGACUGCUUUAGACGUCUUCUCCUUAUUAGAUCCUGGUGUCCUGACAGAACCAUUGCCCAGGCCCGCAAGUACAUCAUGGACUCCAUGGGAGAGCACUAUGCAGAAGGAGUUAUCCUGGACUUGGAAAAAACGUGGGAGGAAUCUGAUCCACGGACACCACUCAUCUGUCUCCUGUCUAUGGGCUCGGAUCCCACGGAUUCCAUCAUUGCCUUGGGGAAGAGAUUAAAAAUAGAAACCCGUUAUGUGUCCAUGGGCCAAGGCCAGGAGGUCCACGCACGCAAGCUCUUACAGCAGACCAUGGCGAAUGGAGGAUGGGCACUUCUGCAGAACUGCCAUCUGGGGCUCGAUUUCAUGGAUGAGCUAAUGGACAUUAUUGUAGAAACCGAGAUGGUACAUGAUGCUUUCCGCCUGUGGAUGACCACCGAAGUUCAUAAGAACUUUCCCAUUACACUCCUUCAGAUGGCCAUUAAAUUUGCCAAUGAGCCUCCACAGGGCCUCCGGGCAGGCUUGAAAAGAACAUAUGGUGGUGUGAGCCAGGACCUGCUGGAUGUGAGCACCGCAGCCCAGUGGAAACCCAUGCUCUAUGCAGUGGCUUUCCUGCACUCCACGGUCCAGGAGAGGAGGAAGUUCGGUCCCCUGGGAUGGAACAUCCCCUAUGAAUUUAAUCAGGCUGACUUUAACGCCACCGUGCAGUUCAUCCAAAACCACCUAGAUGACAUGGAUGUCAAAAAGGGCGUCUCCUGGACCACUGUCUGCUACAUGAUAGGAGAGAUUCAGUACGGAGGCAGAGUCACCGACGACUACGAUAAGAGGUUGCUGAACACAUUUGCUAAGGUCUGGUUCAGUGAAAAUAUGUUUGGAUCAGAUUUCAGCUUUUACCAAGGGUAUAAUAUUCCGAAAUGCAACACAGUGGAUAACUAUCUUCAAUAUAUCCAGAGCUUGCCUACCUACGACAGCCCUGAGGUGUUCGGACUGCAUCCCAAUGCCGACAUUACUUACCAGAGCAAGCUGGCCAAGGAUGUGCUGGACACCAUCCUCAGCAUCCAACCCAAGGACAGCUCCGGGGGAGGGGAUGAGACCCGGGAGGCUGUGGUGGCCCGGCUGGCCGACGAUAUGCUGGAAAAGCUGCCCCCCGACUACAGCCCAUUUGAAGUGAGAGAGAGGCUGCAGAAGAUGGGGCUGUUCCAGCCGAUGAACAUUUUCCUCAGGCAGGAGAUAGACAGAAUGCAGAGGCUGCUCUCCCUGGUCCGCAGCACCCUGACCGAGCUGAAACUCGCUGUCGACGGCACCAUCAUCAUGAGCGAAGAUCUGGGAGAUGCGCUGAACUGCAUGUUCGAUGCCAGAAUUCCUGCUCGGUGGAAGAAAGCAUCAUGGAUUUCUAGUACGUUGGGUUUCUGGUUUACUGAACUUCUAGAAAGAAACUGCCAGUUUACCUCCUGGGUUUUCAACGGCCGACCCCACUGCUUCUGGAUGACAGGCUUUUUUAACCCCCAAGGAUUUUUAACUGCAAUGCGCCAGGAAAUAACGCGGGCCAAUGAAGGCUGGGCCUUGGACAACAUGGUGCUUUGCAGUGAAGUCACCAAGUGGAUGAAGGAUGACAUUUCUGCCCCUCCCAACGAGGGUGUCUACGUCCACGGCUUGUAUCUGGAAGGUGCUGGUUGGGACAAGAGGAACAUGAAGCUCAUUGAAUCAAAACCAAAAGUGCUCUUUGAGCUGAUGCCUGUCAUAAGGAUUUACGCGGAAAACAACACUUUAAGAGAUCCUCGGUUUUAUUCCUGCCCCAUUUACAAGAAGCCAGUUCGAACAGACUUGAACUACAUCGCCGCUGUGGACCUCAGGACAGCCCAGGUCCCUGAACACUGGGUGCUCCGUGGGGUUGCCCUUCUCUGCGAUGUCAAGUAACAUGGGGUGUGUCCUUCCCGAAAACUUCCAGAAAAUGCAGGUCCGGAUUACCCUAACCUUUAUUUGUCCGUGAGCGCUGAACAAUGUUGAUCACGCAGCUAAUGAGCUGUGUAGGUCUUCCCUGCUCCUUAGUUGGACGCUUAAUCACGUUUAAUCUGCUUCAUCCUUAAUGACCAAUCCUUGUAUUUAUUGAAAAGUUAUUUGGUGAUUUAAAAGCAAAAUUUACAACUCCCUAAUGAACUGUGGCCUGCAAAUCCACAGUAAUGCAUUCAGGUCUAAAGACAGGGUAGGUCAAGCAGACAUUUCCUUGAACGUAUUAUUCUUCCACUAAUGUGGUUCUGGAAACAGCCCUGUUCACUAAGGGAACAGGCAGGUUUGUGCCGAUUUUGCUUCUAUGGCCUUUUGCAUUUAGGUCAGGUUAAGAGAUUUGUUUUCACAGCUCAAUCAGCCAUUUGGGAAGACCUUUUUAAAAAAUGGAAGGAAGUAGAUGAUUGGGUUAAGGAUGUGAAUCGAUGAAUAGACAAUUCAUGUAAUCCUAGAGAGUAAACAUAUAGAAUGAUGUUCAACUCCACUGAUAAUUAAUAAUGAGAUACUGAUAUUUGUUAUAAUAAAAAAUAUGAAGGCUGGAAGUGACUUGUGGUGAGGUCUUUGUAAAAGUGAUAUGCUUAGAGAUUCCUAGAGCGGUGGAAGUCAACCCGUUCUUUUUGUAAAAUAAGUAAAUAUCCAAGCACAGAAAGAGCCAUCAAAAUGUUCAUAUGCUUUGAGUCUUACCUUCUCUCCUGGAAAUCUAUACCAAGAAAACAAUUUGAAGAGGCUGAAGUAAUUUAUAUAUCAAAAUGUAUUUAAUAACAGAAAACAGUGGGCGCACCCUACGUGUUCAGUACUAAGUCUAUAGUUACGGAAGUAGGGGAUGUGAGGCAGCCACGAUAAACAGGAUCAAAGCUUUCUUAACAUGGAAAUGGUAAACAUGUAGUAUGAGGUGAAAGAUACACCUCAGAAAAUAUCGGGUUGACUUGAAAUGGUGUAAUGAUUGGAAGACCAGGCAAAAAAUAGAAGUCAGUUGGUGUGGGGGUCUUUUAUUAAUUAAGAAAAUACUAUCUGUGGAACUCUUCAUAUGUUUUUAUUUUAAA